AUGAAAUUUUUAACCCAAGGUUUCUCCGCUUCGCUUUUCAAACAGAGUUCAAAGUGUUUCUCCACACCAUAUGAGCAACCACCCAGCUCCAAAUUAAAAAGUGUGUUUGUAUUGAGAAAUAUAAUAUUAUGGUUGGUUUUGAUGAACCUCAAAAAUUUCUGUCUAGAUUAUCAUUACGCAUUCGGCAAGGCUGACAUUGUUCGUGUUCUUUCUGAGACUGGUUUGGGGUUUGGACUUGCUGCUGGACUGAAAACGAAUUUUGAGGAUAUAUUGGUAGGAAUAUACGUUAGAAAUGAAGAACUAUAUUCGGAGAACAUUGACAGCACAACCAUUAUAGCUGAUGUCGCCCUUCACAUAGUAGGACACGGUGCUUCCUUGAUUUUGAAAGAGGGAUUCUACGAAUCGGAAUCCUUCCGCACAGGCAACAACAGUACGGUUGAAUCAGUUAUUAAAAUGGAUUUCCCACAGGGGCCGAACUUGUUCCAUGUUGGAAAAGCUUGUGAUGUUAUAUCGGAAUUACUAGAAGUCCCUUUGGAAACACUAUUCAGCAAACCCAUGGCAUUGCACUUGAACCAGAAAAUAGCAACCGUAUUCACACUUGUGGUAGUUUUCAAACUGGUUAUCUUUAUCACUUCAAUGCUUCUCGUGGUAGUCUAUCUUGUUUUAUACUACUCGCCCAAACCUUUAUUCUGGCACUAUAUCAAUUUGUCCACCCUUUAUGUUUUAGAUAUGGUAAUCUUGGCUAUGGUCUUAGGACUUCUCGUGACAUGGUGUCAAUUAAAUUCCAAAACCAAUUAUGAAUUGUUUUUUCUCAUUUUGGAAUUGGUAUCAAUCAUGGGACUCAACUUGGUAUUCUUCCAGUCUCACCAGGCAAUAAUGAUCAAUUCUGGAAGCGCAUAUAGCGCACUGUCGUCUAUAUACUCAUCUGACGACCCUCAAAAUACACCACCCAUUGUUCACAAAACAAGCACCUCACCCUCAACAGGCGAAGGAUUAACCGGAAAAACAGUCACUAGAACUUAUGUCCCCAUGAACCAAACAGCAAAGGUAGUCAACCGCCAGGCGAAUGUAAUACGUUGUUUCACUGCACCAGCCAAAAGCUCAGUCGAAUGGCAAUAA